CAGCGUCGAAACCGGAAGUGUGUUUCUGAGGACAGAAGUGUUCGUAUAGAUUUCUGCACUGCUUUUCAUUCUGUGACGGGUGUGAACGAUGUCCCGCGCCCACCAGCCUCCCUUGGUGACUGGCAUCUCGCCCAACGAGGGCACACCAUGGACCAAAGUCACAAUCCGUGGAGAAAACCUGGGCACUGGACCCAAUGAUCUCAUUGGUCUGUCUAUCUGUGGUCAUAACUGUCUGCUGAAGGCUGAAUGGAUGUCUGCCAGCAAGAUUGUGUGUCGAGUGGGUCCUGCUAAAGAUGACAAGGGUGAGAUUGUUGUUACCACCAGAAGUGGAGGCCUUGGAACAUCCACGGUCUCCUUCAAACUGCUCAAACCCGAGAGGAUCGGCAUUCUAGAUCAGUCUGCGGUCUGGGUAGAUGAGUUAAAUUACUAUGACAUGAGGACAGAUCGGAACAAAGGAAUCUCUCCUCUCUCACUGAGGCCAGCCAAUCCUCUGGGCAUCGACAUAGACAAAGGGAAGGUUCCUCAGAAGGACAUCGAGAUCAUGUUUCCUGGUAUGAGUGGAGACUUCACCAGUGAAAAUUUCUCUGCCACCUGGUAUCUCAUUGAGAACCAUUCUUCAACCAGUUUUGAGCAGCUGCGUGUAGCUGUUGGGAAUCUUAAGAAACAGGCUAAUAAGAAGAACGAGGGCAGUCUGGCCUACGUAAAAGGAGGACUCAGCACUUUCUUUGAGGCUCAGGAUGCUCUUGCAGCUAUCCAUCAGAAGCUUGAAUCAGAUGGCUCUGAGAAGGUGGAGGGUUCUAUGACCCAGCGACUAGAGAACGUCCUCAACAGAGCGAGUGAAUCUGCUGACACCCUGUUUCAGGAAGUGUUGGGCAGAAAGGACAAGGCCGACUCUACACGCAAUGCACUCAAUGUCCUCCAGAGAUUCAAAUUUCUUUUUAACCUGCCACUCAACAUUGAACGCAACAUACAGAAGGGGGAUUAUGAUGUGGUGAUCAAUGAUUAUGAGAAAGCCAAAUCGCUGUUUGAGAACACAGAAGUUCCAGUGUUUAAGAAAGUAUACUCAGAGGUGGAGACUCGGAUUAAUGCGCUGAAGAAAUUGCUGCUGGAUAAACUACUGGAGACGCCGUCCACUCUACAUGAUCAGAAGCGCUAUAUCAGGUAUCUGUCAGAUCUACAUGCUCCUGGUGACCCGGCGUGGCAGUGUAUAGUCGCACAACAAAAGUGGAUCUUACAGUUGAUGCAAAACUGUAAAGAGGAUUUUAUCAAAGAGCAGAAAGUGGGUGGUGUAGGGUUAGAACUGGAUCGCUCCUCGGCUCUGAACAGAAUCAACCUCUCAGCUCCAGUGAAGAGAGGAGGCAGCUUCCAGACAUCUAAAGAUGACUCCUGGCAUUAUAAGAGUCCUCAACAAGUGAGGUUUGUAGAGAAGCUCUCGGAUGUGGUCAUCAGCCAGCUGCCAAACUUCUGGAAACUCUGGAUCUCCUACGUUAAUGGCAGUCUCUUCAGUGAGACCGGAGAGAAGUCUGGUCAGGUGGAGAAGUUAAAGAAGAAUGCCCGGCAAAGACAGAAUGACUUUAAAGGCAUGAUUGAGGAAGUGACCCGUCGUUUGGUGCAAUUGAUUCGAGGGGCGCUUUUACCCUCCUCUCUUAAUGAUUUGGAGCUGCGGCAGUAUGGUGGAUGGGACACCAAAACCCCACUUAGCGGAGCCUGGCUCACACAGGUCAUCCACACUGUCAGGUUGAGUCAUGAGGCUCUGUCUGCUCUGGAGAUUCCUAAUGACCUGCUGCAGGUGACUCAUGAUUUACUGCAGGACCUGCGUGUACACUGCCUUCUGAACACACUACAGCACACCGAAGAGGAUGUGAAGAGACUUGCAGAAAAGGAAGACUGGGUUGUGGACAAUGAAGGAAUCACGUCACUGCCAGCCCAGUUUGAGCAGUGCAUGGCUAAGAUGCUGCAGUCUCUGAAGGAGCCUAUGGAGUGUAAACCUGGAGAGAUCAAUAUCUUGAAUCUGGAUGUCGUUCAAGACAAAGCUUGUGAACAGUGUGUUGCUAUCAUGAAGGUCUUUAUUAAAUUCCUGGAGCAGCUCAGCACCAAGACUGAUGGAGACAUUGACACUUCUCAUUUGUCGGUGGAUUUGGCUUCACCUGAUUUAUUUAGAAGCAUCAAUGAAGACUUUAGUUCAAAACCUGAGCAGCGUCUCCUCAUCAUCCUCAGUAACUGUCAGUACCUGGAGAGACACACAUUCCUAAACCUGGCUGAACACCUGGAGAAGAAUGGCUUCACCACAGCAGAGAAGAUCAUCAGGGUGAGCAUAGAGGCAGUGAGACAGCUGGACGAACAUCUGUUUGAGACGUACAUCGAGAAGAAAUCGGACCCUAUUGUCGGCUCUCUGGAGCCGGGCAUCUAUGCUGGUUACUUUGACUGGAAGGACUGUGUACCACCUACAGGUGUGAGGAGUUAUUUGAAGGAGGCUUUGGUCAGCAUCAUCUCUGUGCACGCUGAGGUUUUCACGGUGUCCAAGGAGCUCGUUCCUCGUGUUUUGGCAAAGAUCAAUGAGGCUGUAGCUGAAGAAAUGAGUCGCCUGAUGCAGUGUGUGUCCUCCUUCAGUAAAAAUGGUGCUCUGCAGGCACGUCUCGAAAUCUGUGCGUUGCAAGACGCCUUAGAGCCUUACCUAACAUCAGAGAGUCGCACUAGUUUUAAGCAGGCGAUAGAAGCUCUUCCACAGCUGCAGAGUGGCGCUGACAAAAAGCUCUUGGAGGAGCUACUGAAUAAAUUUAAGAGCAGCAUGAAGUUACAGCUUAAUUGCUUCAAGCCUGCCACUUUUCAGCCUGUAAAGAGAUAGGCGUUCACAAAACCCAUUAUACACAAUGCCUCUACAAUGUAACACUAAGUGAUCAUUUCAGUUAACACAACAAAGUUAGUGCCAAACAUGUAGUCUUUUUAUACUUGCUAAAUUAUGCUUCUGUGUUUGCGUGAGUAGAGAGGAUGUGGCAACCUGAUUAAGAAUGUUUAAAAAUGUUGCUGGCACAUUAAUCUGAUAAGUUAGGGCCUCUUUUUGUCCACCUCAGUGACUGAAAUGCAUUUUAAAUAAAUAAAUCUAUGUGCAUUUACAAAA